GAAAGUAUCAACCGGGAAUUCGAUUUUGGCAAGAAAUGCACUGAUCAUCUAUUAGCAGAUCAAUUGGAGAGCCCUAAUUCUAUUUUGUCGGAGAUUGUUCAACUGCAGUCAACUUCUGUUUUGGCGGCAAACUAUGACAAGUCACGUACCUAAUGAUGGAAUGGGAGAGCCCUAAUUUUAGUCAAAUUUGGAUUUUCUUUCUUUCUUUCUACCUAAUGGGUAUGCAAACAAAAAAAUUGGGUCUCAAAUGGAUCCAAGAUAUCAAACCCGUAUGGUUAAGCCCAAGAAAGAGCAGGUCUUUCCAACUAGGUCCAGUUCCCUGCUUUUAUCUUCAGUUUUUUAAGAUCACAGAACGGUUUGUCAGUUGCAUAAUAGAGACAGAGUAGCAUGAUGGUGUUAGGCUCUUUGCAUGGCAUUUCCUCUACAUUUUCACUCAAGGGAACCUCCUCUUCCUCUUCAAAUUCUCAGGAUUCCUCAAAUAAAAUUCUCAUUCUUACGAGGAGAAGAGCAGCAGCCUUUGGUUCCAGUUUGGUAUUGGCUUCUCUGCUCAAUUUGCAAAAUCUCCAUUCAAAACCACUUUCUUUUAAUUAUGCUAUUGCUCAAGAAGAUGAACUUGAGAAAGAAGAGCAUAGAAUUGUUAAUCUUUUCCAGAUAACUUCACCAUCAGUUGUUUUCAUUAAGGAUCUUGAAUUAGCUAAAAGCCCUGAAAGCUCGUCCUUUGAUGUUGCGUUUACUGAGGAUGAAAAUGCCAAAGUUGAGGGGACAGGUUCGGGCUUCAUUUGGGAUAAGUUUGGUCACAUUGUAACGAACUACCAUGUUGUUGAUAAAUUGGCAACGGAUAAGAGCGGAUUACAGCGUUGUAAGGUCUUUCUAGUUGAUGCUGGAGGCAAUGGCUUGUAUAGGGAAGGCAAGAUCAUUGGUUUUGAUCCAGCUUAUGAUCUGGCUGUUCUUAAGGUUGAUGUUGAGGGCCAUGAACUGAAGCCUGCUGUUCUUGGUACAUCUAAAGAUUUACGUGUUGGUCAAAGCUGCUUUGCAAUUGGGAAUCCUUAUGGAUAUGAUAACACACUUACAACAGGGGUGGUCAGCGGCCUAGGCAGGGAAAUACCUUCACCAAAUGGAAGAGCCAUUCGAGGAGCUAUUCAAACAGAUGCAGCUAUUAAUGCAGGGAACUCAGGUGGUCCAUUGAUUGAUUCGUAUGGACAUGUUAUUGGAGUGAAUACGGCAACUUUCACUCGAAAAGGAACAGGAAUAUCCUCUGGUGUGAAUUUUGCAAUACCAAUUGAUACUGUCCUGCGGACUGUACCUUAUCUUAUUGUGUAUGGAACUCCUUACAGCGACAGGUUUUGAACAUUUUUAGUUCUCCUGGUGAAGCUAAGAUCAGACCUCUGGAAUUAUUGUAGCAAUAGAUAAGAAGUUAUCAAUGUCAAUAACAUGAACGUUACCGUUUUGUAUUCUAUGUAUGUAGGUUUUGGAAUUGAUAUGUUCUAUAUGUAAAAUUAUACCAUGUAGAUAAGGAUUUUCCUUUUUUUUUUUUUUUUUCAUUUGUAGGUUUGAAAUGUACCAUAUUAUGCAGGUUAUGGAUUUUAUAUAUUUGAUGUGUAUCAUAAUUUUAAUGCAA